CUAGCGGACUCCAUGACGAUGGAAAAUCGAAACCGCACCAGCAGCGUGGCCGAGUUCAUCCUCCUGGGACUGUCCACAAGGCCCGAGGACCAGAAGCCACUCUUUGUCCUCUUCCUCAUCAUGUACCUAGUCACCAUCGCAGGGAAUCUGCUCCUCAUACUGGCCAUCCACACUGACCCUCAGCUUCAGACCCCCAUGUAUUUCUUCUUGAGUUUCCUGUCCUUCACGGACAUUUGCUUCACCACGGCCAUCGUUCCAAAGAUGCUGGCGAACUUCUUGUCUGAGAAGAAGACCAUCUCCUAUGCGGGGUGUCUGACACAGAUGUAUUUUCUCUAUGCUUUGGGCAACACGGACAGCUGCAUCUUGGCAGCCAUGGCCUACGACCGUUACGUGGCCAUCUGUGACCCUUUCCACUACGUCACCACCAUGAGCCACGGCCGCUGUGUCUCGCUGCUCAUCUGUUCUUGUUCCCUCUCGCACCUCCAUUCCCUCCUGUACAUUCUCCUGUUGAAGCGGCUCACCUUCUGUGACUCCAACCUUAUCCACCACUUUCUCUGUGACAUCAAUCCUUUGCUGAAACUGUCCUGCACCUCCACGUUUUUCAAUGAACUGGUGAUAAAGACCGAAGGACUGGUUGUUUUGGGGACCCCCUUCUUAUGCAUUUCUUUCUCUUAUAUCCGAAUCUUCAUCGCGGUGAUCAAGAUUUCCUCAGCUGCAGGGAAACACAAAGCAUUUUCCACCUGUGGCUCUCACAUCACAGUGGUAGCCCUCUUUUAUGGAAGCAUCUUCUAUGUCUAUUUACAGCCCCUGUCCACCUACACUGUCAAGGACCGAGUGGCCACCAUCGUCUAUACAGUGUUGUCCUCCAUGUUAAACCCUUUCAUCUACAGCCUGAGAAACAAAGACCUGAAACAGGGCCUGAGGAAGCUGAUGGGCAGAAGGAAAUUCUAG